AUGUUCGAGACCGUUCCACCAUACGGUCGCCAUGCUGUCAGAGAUACGCCAGCAUGGGAAAAAGGCACACAGAAUCGUUCUAUCGCUGAGUCGUCUACUCAAGCUUGUUGGAACCGAUCUCGUGAACGCUUGGUAGUGCAGACCUUUAACACAGUUGCCAGCACUGGCAAACAGCCUAGAUACCGAGCCACGAGGAUAAAGUUUCUUGGAUCAAUCUCCUCGCUGCCGACCCUCGUGCCACCACCACCACCACCACCACCACCACCACCACCACCAUAUCUACAUAACCUGCCGGCUGCGGGCCAAUGGCUCGAUCAGCGACAACGUGAUAGGGGCCAAAAGGUUGCCUCGAUCCUGCAGAUCAAGGACCACAGUGGCGUAUCGGGGGACGUAACUCCCUCGACUCCUUCAACGCCUGGUAUGCGCCCCACAGGCUAG